AAAAAGAACGUUUUGAUCGAAAUCUAGUAAGCUGUGCGAACUUUGAAGUCUGAUCACUUUUGCACAGUUGGGAUUUGAGCAAGAGGAAAGAGUUGUUGUUUUUUCUGCGCUGGAGAUAGAUGUUAUACAAAGGCAUCAAUAUGAAACUGGAAGAUUUCAUCUGCAACUGUUUCUGGAUGGUGAACGAUUCGAGUGCACGGCCCCACGCCAAAGCCGUUUGGCAGUGGGGCGACGAGCGGCGCUUUAUACGACUGGAGAAGGUUGUGUCGACAGGGCCGCCAGUAAUAAAUCUGUAUGGGUUUUUAGUCUACCGGCUGUAUCCAAUGGUUUACCGGUACGAUGUUGUGUGGGACUCCAAAACCAGAAAUCCUAAGCUGCUGUUUAACAUCUUCGACUGUGAGGGAAAUCAGCUGAAAAUGCAAUCCGUGUGUUCGCUGCUCGGCAUCAAGUACAAUAUAGACGCGGAUGAUGAUGAUUCACUGGACGUGGAACUCCACCCAAUACUGAACAAGCCGUACUAUUGCUUGCCCCGCAAGCUGUUGGCACAACCGAACGGCCAGUGGAUGCACAUUAAAAAUCCCAUCCUACGAUAUUUGCUCAAAUACACAUCGUUCAUUAACCUGACGCAGGAAGAGCUGCUUGAACUCAGCGAUGAAUCGCCGUACAUCGAGUAGAUUGACCGUAUAUUUAUUCUAGUUAAAUACCUCGACUUACCUUAAUAGAUCCGUACCUCGUUGAUCUAAUAAAUGCUGUUAAUUUUUUAGUA